CCGCUGCAGCGCCUUGGAGAUCGGGCGCGCCCUUAGGGCGCCGUGGCUACAGCACGGCGGGAGUUCCUCGAGGCCGGGAGCGGGAUGGAAAACGUCCGCCCGUGUCCACCCCGUGUUCUUCCACCAGUACCAAGUGAAAACCAAGAUGAAAUUCCUCUUGGUCGCCAGAAAAGAAAAAAGGCCAAAGGAAAGAACUCACUAGAUGGCAUUGUCCAGGCAGCUGUCCGCCGGCCGUCUGAAAGCAGUGAACCUCUGACACCCGAGCCACAAGAUGCUGCACCUCAGAGGAAGCGUAAGAAAAAAAGAGUGCCUCCAGAAUCGGAGACAUCUUUCACUGAACAGAAUGGAAAUGGCAUGGAUCCUUCACCUACUGAAGAAACAGUGACCCGUAAACAGCGGAAAAGAGUAAAGAAAGCUCGCCCAGCAGAAAGUUCCAAUGACCUGGGUGUGGAGGAAGAAGACAUCAUUGAAGAUGAGCACGGAAAGGGUUCAGAGCAGCAUCCUGUGCUCUCGGUUCCACCUGGUGCUAGCCAGCCUAUUAGCAAGGUGUUUGUUGAGAAAAAUCGACGUUUUCAGGCAGCUGACCGCAAAGAUUUGAUUAAAACCACUGAAAACAUUGAUGUGUUUAUGGAAAUGAAAGCUGCUUGGACAACCAGGGAUGUGGCGCUUUCCGUUCACCGUGGUUUUAGGACAAUUGGACUUUUCACUCAUGGUUUCCUUGCCGGCUAUGCUGUCUGGAAUAUUGUAGUGAUUUAUGUACUGGCAGGAAACCAGCUGUCAACUGUCUCCAACUUGCUGCAGCAAUACAAGACUUUGGCAUAUCCUGCUCAGUGUCUUCUUUACCUUCUGCUAGCAAUCAGCACUGUUUCAGCAUUUGACAGGAUUGACUUGGCUAAAGCGUCAGUGGCAGUGCGGGGCUUUCUCACCUUGGACCCAGCAGCCAUUGCUUCUUUCAUGUAUUUUGCUGCUCUUGUCCUGUCUCUGAGCCAACAAAUGACAAGUGACAGAAUCAACUUGUAUACACCACCUUCAGAGAACAGUAGCCUCUGGACCUCAGGUGCAGAGGAACAGAUUCUUCAGCCCUGGAUUGUGGUUAAUCUAGUGAUCGCUCUUCUGGUUGGGAUCUCCUGGCUCUUCUUGUCUUACCAGCCCCAGUUAGAUCACAGUGAAGAAUUGAUGUUUAAUGCUGAAGUAGAAGAAUUUCCACCACCAGAUAAAGAAGCCAAAGUAUCUUCAUAAUACAGAGAACCUCCUCAAUACUGUAGUUAUGAUACUUAUGAUGGCUUAGUACCUAUUUGUACUUCUACAUUUUGUAUUUUAAAAUGUAUUUUAUAUAUUUACUUUGCAUUAAUAUUACACUUAUCCUAUUUUAAAGGUCCAUAAUUGGCUAAUGCAGUGUUAACAUUCUUUUUUCUUAGGGAUCAUCAGUAGCAGUAUAUGAAAGGAAAAAAGAAAGUCAAACGACCUCUUUGUAGUUUAUUUCUUCCUCCUCCGUUAUCUACUCCUUGAUAUUCAGGUUUUAUAGAAUUAAGUAUAUUUUCAAAAUAUCACAGAAACGUAGUGCCAAUUUGUCUUUAAAGAAUCAAGGGUGCAAUCUAAGAAUGUAAUAAAAAGUAGUCAGUUGCGAGUUCUGCUCAAGCUUUGAACUACUUUGAGAACUGGUAUACAGAGAAGGGGAAAAAAGAAUUUGUAAAAAGUCAGUAGCCUUAAUAAGCAAUGUCCAGACAGACAUGUUUAGACAGACAAAAGUCCUACCGUUCCCUGACGUGUCCAGUGUCUAAGCAUGCACAGGAUUGCACCUUAAACCAGAUUUCAGAAGGCAACUUACAUCACUAGCAUUUCAGCAUCAUAAGGAACUCUUGUGGAAAAUCUUGUUAAAAUAUCCAUGCGUUUGUGCUUUUUUGGACAUUGCUUAGAUCUCCCUUAUAGUACCAUUCAAACUAUGAAAUAUUUUUGAAACUCAAAUUGGUUUUAAAAUCAAACGUUACUAAAGACUACCUCUCAUUCAAAAUUUUGUAAUUUAAACUUUUGUGCAAAUGAAAAAUACACUGUUUGCUGAACUUGGCUCAUAUAGAGAAUAGCAUAGUUCAUCUGCUCUUAGAAUCAUUUUAGGAUUUCUUCAGUUGGGCUUUUUAAAUCACAUAAAUUCAUCAUUAAAGUAUGUUGCUCUGCCUCA